GAUUUACUUCCCUCCAAAACAAACGGAAACUCCUCCUGCGACCUACCUACCAGCAACGAAUACGACAUGUCUCGACCAGGCCCCUCGGCACGCAAUUUGACUCUCACUGAAGAGUUGGAGAAGCUGGAGCAGUCCAUUACUCUGACCCUGCAAGAGAUCGAUUCGAACUUUAGCAAGGCACACCGCAUCGUCACCACCAGCAUCUUACCCAUCGUUGAGCAAUAUGGCGAGCACUCGAGAAACGUCUGGGAUGCUUCAAAGUUCUGGAAGCAAUUCUUCGAGGCUUCAGCCAACGUCUCGCUCUCCGGAUACGAAGAACUAGCCAACGACGACGACGAAGACGAGACGGGGGCGACGGAAGAGUCGACAGCCCGAGAUGAGACCAGCGUCGACUACACGCGCACCCCCCAACGACACCAAAGCGCCGAAGACCCAACUCAGGCAUCGGUCGCCGAUUCGACGUUCCGCGCCGAAGAGUCGGUCCUCGACGACAAUGACCUGACAGGAAGCACCCCGCGGCCGCCCAAGACUAAAGCGAUCAAGCCUCAGUUUUCGAGCCUCGAGUCUCCUUAUGAGGCGCUCAAGCGUGAGCUCAAGGGCGAGCCGCCCGCGCCGCACGAGGAAGACGAAGAGGACGAGGACCUCGGCAUCGAGGAGGAUUCGACGGUGCUCUUCGCGCAACACACAGCGCGGCUGCCGGACAUGUCCAUGACGCCUCGGUCGUCGUUUGCGCCAUUGUCACGGCAGGAACAGCAGCACCAUAAGGACCCGCUUAUGCACCGCAUGCUCGACAAAACCUUCCGGAUCCAAGCCACGCCGCACAAGGGACCCUCCUACCACGUGUCACCUCUUAAGCGCGAUGGUAAGGGCAAGGAGACAGAGAGAGAGGCCAUGCCUGCGUGGCGGCAAGGCUCGCCUAUGUCUUCGCCCGUGAUGGAGAUGCCCAAGCUGCGCAGCGAGGCCUUUUUAUCGCCUGCCAAGAGCAACGCUCGCCAGCGUCUCGCCGCGGCGACUGCGUCCGCGGGUCCGCGUACGCCUGGCGUAAGCGUGCAGACGCCCGGCGCGGCGAGAAAGACCAAGGACGUGUUUGCGACGCGGGGCAACUACGACGAUGACACGACAACAACGGACAUUGGCGGCGCGUUUGCCAAGGAUAAGUACGAAAUCAACUGGGAGAGCGACAGCGACGAAGACAAGGCGCUGUAUGGCGGCAUGAGCCCGCCCAAGACGAUCCAGUUUGCGCUACCUCCCUCCAAGCUGCUUCAGACACCUGCUCGAGAGGCGAGUAAGCGUAUUGUAGAUGACAUCCUGCUCACGGCGGGCGCCGGGCCGGAGAGUUCGGAGGAGUACAGCCCUACGAUGGUCAAGAUGAACAAGGACAUACUCGAUGAUAGCUUUUGAGCCGCUGUCUAACUGAUAGAUAUGAUGGAAACUAGCUGAGAAAAGGACGAAAGGGGGAUACAUCCUUUGCCUUUCCAACAAUAGAUCACACUGGUGCCAGCAAGAAUACUCAUCAACCCGUAAGAUUAGAAAGGAAUCGCCUUACUCUAGAGUCAUCGGUAGAAGGUCUCUUUCUUUCUCUUCGUUUUAUGUCGGUCUGAAAUACAUAACUGCUCGUCGGCCCGAGUCCCCAAGCAACCCGGCCAACCUCAAAGAUGGUUGGGGUUUCCUGCCAUAAAAUGCCAUCUUUGUAUAUCAGAGUAAUUUGUUCCCGCGACGACCCAUGGUAAC